CCCAGACGCGCUGAUUGAUUUAUCAAUGUUCCGGGGUGCGGAGUUCUGAGUUAGGCAAUCGCAACACCAGUCCUUCUACAUACAACAUCACCAUUCACUCGAACCUAUCCAGAUAUUGAGAGCGACUUCCUUCGCCGGGUAAAACUAUCCUCUUCAACUUGUUCAACCCCGUCUAUACCGUCCACAAUAGCAACGCGCAGGAUUGGCUUCUUGAUUUCGCUGCUUCCGAAGCUUCAUCGAUUCCAAGAGCUAAAUAUCGCCAAAUCUAACUUGAUAAAAUUUUAAUUCCAUCGGGUCACAUCGGUCCGCGGGGUCAAGGAACUUGUCGAUCAUCCUACCGUGCUCAGCUCAAUAUUAAACGGAUCGAUAUUUUCAUUUCCUACCUCGCCAAGUCGCUUGUUCCGCGAGUUGGUGACUAUGUCCGGAAGCUUCGCGGACCCUCAUGCCUUUCGGCUGUCUUUGAUUCUCGGCCAACCGUUUUUCUUAGUGACUGCAAUCUCGCAGCUCCUCACUUGGUCCCUCACAUUCAUUGCCCAAUGCCUGGCCGAAUCUCGAUAUCAUUCAUCCCGUGGCUCAGACGGUGUUAAGCCAACAGGUACGCCGAUUGGGAUUGGCUGGUUUGGAGUAUUUUACCAGCUCUUUAUUGUUUAUCGAGUCCUCAGCAGCGUGGGUUGUGAGUCAGAGUACCAAGAUCGUGGACAGCUCGCAACAUUGGUGGCUCUUAAUGUCGUUAUAGGAGUUCUAUGCAGCAAUUCGGCUAUUCACGACCAUCAUGACAUUGCAUUAAAUUUAUAUGGGUAUGGAUGGAUGAUUUUGUCCAGCCUCAACCUGGCAUGGCUACUUUAUUUCACAUCAUCAGAUCAAUCACGGCUUUUGAAGUUGCUGAAUCCAAGCUCCCAGCGAAAACAACUCAUCCGUUCCAGCAUCAAUCUCCGUCGCUCUGCUUCAUAUUCCAGUCCCAAUCUACCAAACAUUGCAUCUGAAUCUGCGGGACAUUAUGCUGGAUCUCAUUUGAUUACAUUGGGGCCGAAUCAAGGACCGGAGUCGGGUGCCAAUUUACACAAUGAAAAGCUUGCGAACGACGUGACUUCUGCCCUGUUAUCCUCCAAUCACCCAUACUUACCAGAGGGUUACGGCGAUCAUGACCCUGAUAGAAUGUUCCCAAACCAGCAGCAUGGAAACCCCACAACCAGCAAUGUCAAUCCAUCGUCUCAAAUGCAGCACAUCCCGCAAUAUAACCAACCAAGCGUGCAAUUUCAGGAUCUAAAUUCCUAUACUCGGCCUCAUGAACAGAUCAAUAACCAGUCAGCCCAACAUCAACAGUCCAACUUUCAUUCAAGGCGUGUGGAACCGUCAUCAAAUAUCCACCAGACCAACGUGCAACAAUACUCAGAGGCUUCCGAGUCUCGGGACCCAGGAUCAUUUCUUCCAGCUUUGACGGACUUCUCAAGCAUCCCACUCAUUGAUAGGACACUUUUGAGUCAAGCUUAUCGACAAGAGGAACUCAGAAGUGUGACAAAUACCGAGAGCAUGACUCCAUCAUCGCCUGUCUCGUCCAAGCCAGUCGAGUUGAUUAAGAAGGCCAAAGCGUUGUAUACAUAUAAAGCUUCACCCACCGAUCCCAAUGAGAUCGGCUUCGAAAAAGGUGAAAUAUUGGAGAUCUUGAAUCACAGUGGUAAAUGGUGGCAAGCAAGACGGACGACAGGCGAAUCUGGAAUUGUGCCUUCCAAUUACUUCCAGAUGCUACCUAAUUCAUAAAUCUGAAGGUGACCUCCAGACCCCCAAGCCUUGGCAUUGAUUUUAAUUUGAUUCACGAACACACUUGCAUAGUUUUGAUUUGAUCAGUCAUCAUCUUUGUUUUUUAGGUGACAUUUGGUUUUCUUGUCAUCUGUGCAAACUGUAAAAUUCUAUAUAAUCUGUGUACUCUGCAUUCCUAUCUUGAAUAUCUUUCAUCCAGCAAUAUUCCCAAUCACGCAAAGAAACUCUAGUUGUCAAAUCAGUUGGAAUUUUUUCCCUUUUUCUUUCUUGUUGUCUUUCCUCUUGGCCAUUUAUUUGGAUUUAAUUGUUAGGUGAGCUUGAUUUUGAAUGUAACCAACAAAC